AUGUCUAGCAACAUUGCAGAAGCCCUCAACGCCGCAUUACUCCCUGCGAGGGAGAGCCCUAUCGUCGCCUUGUUUGAAUUCAUUCGAACAAUGCUGUGCAGAUGGUUUGAGAGCAGGAGACAGAAAAUAGAGAAAAUGCAUGGCGACAUACCAGAGGAAGUGGAUAAGGAGCUGUCGUUAAAUAUGGAGCAAUCCGCAGGAUUGCCGGCUGUGCGAGUUGGUGCGUGGACUUUCGAGGUGAACGUGCCCUACAAAUCGUUGGUGGACGACAUUCACAAGAAGCCAACAUGGUUAUCCUCAAUAUCAUGUAUCACAUUCCCCAUCCCUGACCCAGACAAUGUUGAUGUUCCCCAGUAUAUUCUCGACCUACCGGAGACCAUGUUCCCGAAGUUGAAGCGACCUCCUGGAAGGCCAGCGAAGAAAAGGAAAAGGUCCGCUGGUGAAUACCCGGUUCCGGAAGGCGGUACGGCGAAAAAGAAGAAACACAACAAGUGUAGUAUAUGCCACAAAGGCGGGCAUAACCGGAGGUCGUGCAAGGAACCACUCGACUGA